AUGCUGUCAACUGGGUCAUUUUUCCAUGAAAAGAGCAUCACACUGGGGAACCUAAUCGGCGUUUCAAGCAUCUUGGAACUCUCAAGAAGAUCCAUAAGAGGAAGACAAGCAGAAGGAACAAGAGAAAAACGAAGUAAGAACAACAGGUCAAAAGUGUGGCGGUUCUCUUUAUGUUCAAGGGAUGAUACCCAGAAUGCAAGCAAUGUUCCAUCGCUUGGCCAUUUCCUUGCGGUGGAAAGAAGAGCAGCCGGUGGAUAUAGAAGGGGCUCCAUCGUCGUUGGACCCGACGAGCCUGCCCCGCAGGCUCAACCCAAUAUAGAAUCAAACUCACUAUUCAUCAAUGGCUGCAUCGCUCCUCCUAGAACCACUUCACUCCAUGUUUCCGACACUGAUGAUGGUAACAGUCAUGGAGUUCCAGUUAUGCUGAGCUGCAUAUGUGGACAGCCCUGAACCCUCCCUCCACUUAUGGCC